ACCACCCCUAGCGCGACGUUUUUUUGUUGACCCGGAAACGGAUUCUCCGGAGCCAAGGUCCGCUCGGAUUUGUCUUCUUAGUGCUUGGAUGGUGUGAGUGAAAACCCAGAGGAAUACAUUUGGUGGCUGAGCUAGUACAAUGCCAUCACUGAUUUAAAGCAACGUGAUGGGAACCCCAAACACUGUUUUUCUGUUCAUACCACCCACACUUCCUUAGUACAGUCACUUUGAUCUUGCUCCACUGAACAUUGGCAGAGCUAGCCCUGUUUGCAGUAGAAUGUGCAUAAUGUUUUAGGAUUCCAUGACCUUCGAGGAUAUAGUUGUAGACUUCACUCAAGAAGAGUGGGCCCUGCUGGACACAUCCCAGAGAAAGCUGUUUCAAGAUGUGAUGUUGGAGAACAUCAGUCAUCUGGUCUCUAUUGGCAAACAGCUCUGCAAAUCAAUUGUGCUUUCCCAUUUGGAGCAAGUAGAGAAAUGUUCAACACAAAGAAUGAGCUUACUGCAAGGUAGAGAAGUUGACAGUAAACAUCAAGAGAUACCAUUCAUUCAACAUAUCUAUCAGAAGGGCACACCCACCAUCAGCACAUUGAGAUCUCAUACUCAAGAGGAUCCUUUUCUAUGUAAUGAUAUAGGAGAAGAUUUCACUCAACAUAUAGCAUUGACUCAAAAUGUGAUUACUUACAUGAGAAAGAAACACUUUGUAAGCAAAAAGUUUGGGAAAACCUUCAGUGACUGGUUAUCCUUUAAUCAACACAAGGAAAUUCACACCAGAUGUAAAUCAUAUGAAAGUCAUCCAUUUGAUUAUGCCUUUAUCCAAAGCUCUGCCUUUAGACCACACAAUGUGACUCACACUAGAGAGAUAACAUUGGAAUGUCAUGUGUGUGGGAAAACCUUUAGCAAAAAUUCUAAUCUUAGGCGACAUGAGAUGAUUCACACUGGAGAGAAACCACACGGAUGUCAUCUAUGUGGGAAAGCCUUUACUCAUUGCUCUGAUCUUCGAAAACAUGAGAGAACUCACACUGGAGAGAAGCCAUAUGGAUGUCAUCUAUGUGGGAAAGCCUUCAGUAAGAGUUCUAACCUUAGACGACAUGAGAUGAUUCACACUAGAGAAAACGCACAGAUAUGUCAUCUAUGUGGGAAAGCCUUCACUCGUUGCUCUGACCUUAGAAAACAUGAGAGAACUCACUUAGGAGAUAAACCAUAUGGAUGUCUCCUAUGUGGGAAGGCUUUCAGUAAAUAUUCUUACCUUAGACAACAUGAAAGAACUCACAAUGGAGAGAAACCAUAUGAAUGUCAUCUAUGUGGAAAAGCCUUCUCUCAUUGUUCUCACCUUAGACAACAUGAGCGAAGUCACAAUGGAGAGAAACCACAUGGAUGUCAUCUAUGUGGGAAAGCCUUCACUGAAUCUUCUGUGCUUAAACGACAUGAGAGAAUUCACACUGGAGAGAAACCAUAUGAGUGUCAUGUAUGUGGGAAAGCCUUCACUGAAUCUUCUGACCUUAGACGACAUGAGAGAACUCACACUGGAGAAAAACCAUAUGAAUGCCAUCUAUGCGGAAAAGCCUUCAAUCACUCUUCUGUCCUUAGACGACAUGAGAGGACUCACACUGGAGAGAAACCAUAUGAAUGCAAUAUAUGUGGUAAAGCCUUCAAUAGAAGUUAUAACUUUAGACUUCAUAAAAGAGUUCACACUGGAGAGAAACCAUAUGUAUGUCCUCUAUGUGGGAAAGCCUUUAGUAAAUUUUUUAACCUUAGACAACAUGAGAGAACUCACACUAAAAAAGUAAUGAAUAUGUAAGUGUCAUCAGCCAUAGUGUUGAACACUAAAUACACCCAAGGACAAACAUACUACAGGAACGUUAUGUCUGUAAUCAGUGUGAAAAACCCUUUGUUUAUAAAUACCACUUUGUUCAACCUAAAUGAAUUCAAAGUAGAGAGAAUCCAUAUGUAUUUAAUCUCUAUGGCACAAACUUCAGACCCUGGGCUGACCAUAUACAACAUGAGAAUGAAACUACAGAUCAAAGGAAUGUGGAGGAGUCUUCAUCCACAGCUCUAGCUGUUAAACAAACGGGAGAAAUCACAUCACAAAAAUUCUGUGCCUGUCGUCAGUGUGAAAAUGCCUUCGCUGAUAAUUUAUCCUUUAAACAAAUGAGUAAAAUCCACAGGCAAGCAACCAUAUGUCUGUAAUUGCUGUGCACUCUCAUUCAGCUAAGCACCAAUUUUGGUGUGUGCAAGAAAAUUCAUUAUCAGGUAACUGAUAAAAACAGGAAAUAUGUGAAAAUAUUUUUUAUUAGCUGGAUGAGGCCUCUUGAACAAUUCCAGAAAUUCAUAGUGGAGAAGUUAUCAAUGAAAACUCAUGAGAAAUCCUUUUCUUAAUACAGCAGCACUUCUAUAAUAGAUCAGAAUUCACAUGGUGUAGAACUCUCAAUGACAUGAAUGGAGGGUAGUCCUCAGUAAAUUACUCAUUCCUUAGUCAAUACCAGCAUUUUUCCAGUGAGAAGACAAUCUUGACAGGAUAGUGGAAGAACCUUCAGGCAGCUUUCAUGUCAAAAAAGUGAGACACGGACAAAAACUGUAAAAAGCCAUUGAUGAGAUGUAUAGCUCGGGGACAAGACAUAAAGCCAUUAAGCACGUGCUUGAGAAAAAAAAUUAUAAUUUCAAACAAAGACUUUCCAGUUAAAAUAUGUGGGUUGAAAUGUACAAUUCUGAAAUAACCUGGGAAUACUGAAUGCAGAAUUAUGUAAGAAGUAAUAAGAUUAAAUUAGUACUGUCAAAAAUACAA